GACACAAAAGUCUCUCCAUGGCACCUCAUCACAUCCGCAAAUACCAGGAGACUGACCACAAAAGGGUCCAGGACUUGUUCUCCCAAGGAAUGGUCGAGCACAUCCCCGCCACUUUCCGCCACAUACUGAAGUUGCCACAAACAAUCCUGGUCUUACUUGGGGUGCCCAUCACCCUACUCCUGGUCUCUGGCUUUUGGCUCCUGGCUCUUGGAUCUAAUGUCACCCUCCUUGUUUUCCUCUGGCUGCUGGCCAGACACCCUUGGAAGAAGUACGUGGUCAUGUAUUUGCAGACAGACCUUGCUGACAUCACCAAAUCCUACCUGAGUGCCCAUGGUUCCUGCUUCUGGGUGGCUGAGUCUGGGGGCCAGGUAGCAGGCAUAGUGGGUGCUCUGCCAGUGAAGGACGCCCCCCCAGUGAGGAAGCAACUGAAGCUGUUUCACCUCUCUGUGGCCUUGGAGCACCGAGGUGAAGGACUAGGGAAAGCCCUGGUCAUGACUGUCCUCCAGUUUGCAAGGACUCAGGGCUACAGUGAGGUUGUCCUUGAAAGUAGCAUGGUACAGCAGGAUGCUCUGACCCUCUACCUGCGCACGGGCUUCCAGAAGACAGGAGAGAGCACCUUCACUAGAAAAGAAAAACCUUAUCAGAAGGAGGCUGGGACACAGCUUUCUGAAACCAUCAACCCUGAACUUCAGGCUUCAGGAGGGCAGGACAGUGAGGCUGCCCUCAGGCUCAAGUGGAGGCCUUCUGCCCCUCCUCUGCUCUGCAUAGGAAUCCUCUCCCUUGUAAGCAUCGCCCUGCCCCUGCCCCCCAGCACCUGUCUUCUUCUCCAUGUCACCAGCAACCCAGGCCAGAAAGGAUUUGUCUCCUCCCCUGAGGCAGGGCAGCCUGGUUAG